AUGAGGGACGAGCGAGCCAGCACGCCGCGCGUGCGCAUCGCCGUCAUCGGCAGCUCAAGAGUUGGCAAAUCCGCAUUAAUUGUGCGAUACCUAACAAGAAGAUACAUCGGCGAAUACCAUUCCAAUACAGAUCUGCUGUACAGACAGACUGUGCCAAUUAACGGCACUCCUGUAGAACUGGAGGUGAUUGACGUCUCCGGUUCAAACUCAGACAAGUUCCCAGCAGAACAGAUACAAUGGGCUGACGCCUGCCUCCUUGUGUAUGCGGUAACGGAUCGUAGUAGUUUUGAAUACGCGACUGAAAUACUAAGUGCCCUGAAGCGCGCCCCUCGGGGUGGUAGCCCCGCUCACGGUGUUGCCGGCGCCUCAGCCGGGAUGCCUCUCGCUCUGCUGGGAAACAAGACAGACCUGGAUCACCUCAGACAGGUGAGCACAAAAGAAGGGCAAGCGGUGAGCGCAGCGCAUGGCGCGUCAUUCAGCGAGGCGAGCGUGGCCGACAACUCCGGCGACUUAUACCGGUGCGUCGACCGGCUACUCGCAGAGGUGCGCACGCCGCAGCGCACGCGCAAAUUCUCAGUCACCAAAAUGUUGGGAUCACUUAUCGGUGGGGCAGCAAACAAUAGUCAAGCGAGCCGGAGUGGGUCAGUGGUGGCGUGCCCGCGCGUGCCUGCGCCGUCGCGGCCGCCCCUAGCUGCGGCGGCGCCCUGA